AUGUAAUAGUAUAGUAGCAUAGAAUAAUUUGAUGAAUUGAUGUCUAGCAAAUUUUAUAUUGAAGAGGUUUUCGAUGAAAUGCAGAAUGAAAAAGUGGACAUACCAAACACUGAUAAGAACAAAAUCAUGUUAACACUUAAAAAGGAAGAAAAUUUAAAAGAGAAGAAUGAUUUCAUACUUUCCGAUGAUUUUAAUUAGUUUCAAUAAUUGCUUGUUAUUUCAUUGAUUACGAUUAAUUUUUCUAGCGAUGAUCCAUUUUUUAGGCAUAUCACAAUGGUUGUCAAAGCUAUAAAGAAAGCCAUUAAGAAAAGACUUACUCAAGAGACCAAUUACUUCUAAUCAGUCUAAGAAUUUAAAAAUUAAUAAUCAAGUCUCUUUAAAAUCUUUUACUAAGAUAUCAACAUUGGAUUCAUAACAUCCACAUUACAAAUCAAGUCGACAGCUUUCAUAUUUAUCAAAAAAUCUUUAGUUGAUAGUUUUAUAAAUAAGAAAAUAUCAAUCGAACAAAAAAAUUAGAGAGCUAGAUUGACUCUCUCCUUUUUUAAUAUAAACAUUUAGAAAGAAAUAAUUGUGUAAUAAGAUUUUAAAAACUAAUUUUUAAGAAACAAUAGAUUCAAAAAUGAUUUUAUUGUCUUAAAUGAAGAAUUUGAUCAACAGAAAUAAAGCACAACUUAUCAUGUCUAUAAGCCAAUGGAUGAUUAAAUUUAUUUUGUUAAACGAAUUUAAUUGUAAGACAUACCUAUUAAUGUUACAUUUUAAGAUAUAUUUAAUACUAAAAGUUUUAAUUAAGAUAACUUAACAAUUCAAGAAGCACGUAUUCUUUUAAGCAUUUCACAUCCAAACAUUAUAAGACACUAUGACUGGUGGCUUGAAUAAAAAAACUAACAAAUAUUCCUAUACACUCAAAUUGAAUAUUGCAUCUAUCCAGGAUAUAUCUCACAAACUAAAAACCUAUUGAGUUUUUCUUAUUUUUAUAUGAAUCCCAUGCCAAUUGAGUAAAAGAGCAAGUUAAUUAUUGAAAUAAUCUGCCAAAUAAUAAGUGGUUUGGAGUAUUUGCAACAGAAACAAAUAAUUCAUGGAGAUCUUAAACCAGAGAGCAUUAUGGUGACUUAAAGUAUCACUGGGGAUAUCUAAGUGAUGUUGGCAGACUUGAAUCAUUAAUACCUAUAUUUUGAAGAAAUGCAAAAAUAAUUCAAACAGGAUUAACCUCAAUAUAAAUAAUAAAGUCUUUAAGCUUUGGGUGUGUUGCUAAUGCAUCUUAUUCUCACAUUCCCUGGGGAACCAACAUUAAGGAAUAAUUUUGUAACCAAAUUUUCAAAUUUCGAUUUUGAUGAUUCCUUAAGUGAAUUUGAUAAAUGGGCUUAAAAAUCUGUAAAAAAUAGACAUAAAGAAUUUUCUUUUUUUUUAUAUAAAAAUUUUAUGCUAUUAGCAAAAUCCCUAUUAUAGAAACAGUAAUUUCAUGAAUUGCAUGACGUAAGAACUUUUAUUUUAAAAUAAUAAAUAAUUUGA